ACAAAGAAGCAGCACUCUGGUAUACAGUAGACCAGCCUCUUUACAUAUAGUAGUAUCAUUUACAUAGCAUUGCAGUGAUAUAUAGUGUUAGAUGGAGAGUACGUUGAAGGAGAGGAGAGAUGGUGCGUCUUCGCUUGACAUGUACCCAAAGCACACCGUCGCCGGUGGCGUUGGGGACGUUUACGGUGUGGAUCGUGCCACCGAGGACCAGCUUGUCACCCCCUGGACUGUCUCUGUUGCAAGUGGGUACACUUUGAUGAGGAACCCAACCAAUAACAAGGGGCUUGCAUUUACCGAGAAAGAGAGGGAUGCUCACUACUUGCGUGGUUUGCUACCUCCUGUGGUUAUAACUCAACAGCUUCAGGAGAAAAAAUUGAUGCACAAUAUUCGCCAAUACCAAGUUCCACUGCAGAAGUACAUGGCCCUUCAGGAGAGGAACGAGAGGCUGUUCUACAAACUUCUUAUUGAUAACGUUGAGGAGCUCCUCCCAGUUGUCUACAUUCCAACCGUGGGUGAGGCUUGCCAGAAAUAUGGGUGCAUUUUUAAGCGGCCUCAGGGUAUCUACAUAAGUUUGAAAGAGAAGGGAAAGAUCCUUGAGGUUUUGAAAAACUGGCCUGAGAGGACCAUUCAAGUCGUUGUGACAGACGGUGAGAGAAUUUUGGGACUUGGGGAUCUCGGAUGCCAGAUAAUUCUCUUCAUGAGACAAUGUUUAAACUCUUAUCAGGGGAUGGGGAUACCUGUUGGGAAAUUGUCUUUGUAUACAGCACUUGGAGGAGUUAGACCUUCAGCGUGCCUGCCUGUAACUAUUGAUGUGGGGACGAACAAUGAGAAGAUGUUGAAUGAUGAUUUUUACAUUGGGCUCAGACAAAGGAGGGCAACUGGGAAGGAAUAUGCUGACCUUCUUCAUGAGUUCAUGACUGCUGUCAAGCAGAACUAUGGUGAAAAAGUUCUCGUACAGUUUGAAGAUUUUGCAAACCACAAUGCUUUUGAUCUACUGGCAAAAUACAGCACUACUCACCUGGUCUUCAAUGAUGAUAUACGAGGAACAGCUGCUGUGGUUCUUGCAGGGCUUAUUGCAGCGCUCAAGUUACUUGGCCGUACCUUGGCUGACCACACAUUUUUGUUCCUAGGUGCUGGGGAAGCUGGCACUGGUAUAGCAGAGCUUAUAGCUCUUGAGAUGUCAAAACAUGUAUUAACUUGCUACCAUUGCACGAUAAAGGCUCCAUUGGAAGAGAACCGUAAGAAGGCCCGCAUAACUUAGUAAAACGGUCAACAAUCUAUGCCACAUCAAUAGCGAUGGCCCACAUAACUUGGUCAACAGUCAAAGUUACCACGGCAUCAAACAUACUUCGAACAGAAGAACGAAGAUCUGAGUUGGGAGCAGGACUCGGGAUUCAAUGGGAUCUGAGGAGGUUUUGGUUUGGUGGCUGAAGUCCGGGGUUCGCCGAGUCGACACUCGGCUUGACUUACAGAGAGAGAAAUACCAUUUUGACUCCUGAGCAUCUGACUCCAUCUUAUUCAACAUUGCUUUAUAAUUAUUUAAGAAAUUAAUCUCUUUUAAUUAUUUUGUCAAUGGACCCACAUGUGAUGUCAUCAAUGGCAUCACCCUCCCUCACUUGGCCUAUAAAAGGAAAUGACCUAAGGCCAAGAAAAAGGGGGUAGACACAAGAGGGAGGAAAAUUCCUCUCUCUCUCUCUCAAAUGGGUUCUUUACACAACCCCUAAAAGAUGGAUCAAGGAGUCAAUGGUGUUUUCCAUAUACACUGUCAUCCCUCUCUCUCUCUCUUGUUCGCUUGGGCCUCCACCUCUGAUUCCAUCAUGUUGCAAGAUUUACCUCACCAUUUGUUAUUUUGUGAUGAUCUGGAACCCACCUGAAAAUCAGGUACCUACAUUUGGCGACUUCGCUGGGGAGGUAUUCUCGUGUAAAUCAUGGGAAGAGUCCUUUGUGGAUAUGGAAGAGCCCAGAAGCCCUCCGUAGAUUGCUAUGUUGUGCUACAAUUUUGCACUCACGGGCAUGAAAAACUCCUCUACACACAUAUUGCUACUGUAACCCGGUGAUAUAUUUCCCAACUCAUUUGCUUACUUUUUUGCCUUACUUGCAAACCAACAUGAUUAUCUAUUUGCUCCCUGUUGAUAUGUUCCCCAAAGAAUGACUUUAUCAACUGAUUUCUACAUUCACUUAUUUACUUGAUGCACACACAGUCAUUUAUUUCACUUUGCCUUACUAAUCGAGUACCACCUAUAUGUCAAAAUUGUCUAUAUUUGCUGAUUCUGCAGAAAAAAAUCAAUGACCCAUUUUUCUGAUGCACUUUGCAAACCCAUUUUGCCCACCAACGCAACUGCCCAAUCAGUAGGCUUCCAUGUGUUCUACACCACUCAUUUGUUCUUCUUAUCUGCUUGAAUGUGUGUGUGUGUAUGUGUGUGUGUAUAUAUAUAUAUAUAUAUAUAUAUUUAUUUAUUGCUUUCUUCAUUUUGCCAAGAUAUAUUAUCAUCUUAUCUUUACUUUUUCAUAAAACAAAUUCUUAACUGGAUCCUACAACUUUUCUCUUGACAGUACAAUAAAGCCUAAAAACUAAGGCAAUAAAGCAUCCAAAAUAUAUAUAUAUAUAUUUUGAUACUACAUCUUUGCACAUUUACCGAGGCUAUAUAUAUCCAUAAUCAGACAGCUGUAGACUUUUUGCUCUUGGUUGCUACAAUGUAUACAUGUAUCUAUAUUUCCUCUACUAAAGUAUUUUUGGAGCAAUCCCAUCAAUGAGUAUCUCCCUUAUCAUACAUACAUACAUCUAUUAUGAUGUUAGCUGUCAAAUGCGUUUUUAGCCAUCAGUCCCACUCUACUUAUGGACAACAGUCUAAAGUUUGCCCCAUGCAAAUAUCUUUAUGUCUUGUUUUUCUCAAGCAUUGUACCAUACACACAUAUUACAGCUUGACAUUUAUACAUAUAUAUAUUAAAUCAAAAAAAUCAAUCGAUCCGAUUCAUGCAUUCUUACCUUGUGCAGCUAUUCCAGGAAACUGUGUGUGUGUGUAUAUAUAUAUAUAUCACUUUUUUACUUUCAUUCACAGCACAAAUACCUUAUCACUACAUAUGUUAGAAAAUCUCUUUUUUUACUUCCAUUUAGAGCCACACAAAUCUUAUCUGCCCACAUUUAUAUAGUAUAUAUAUAUAUAUAUAUAUAUAUAUAUAUAUAUAUAUAAUGCUAGCCGGCAAAACCCAUUAUCCUAAUCUACAAAUAUCUUUAUCCACAAGAACUAUGUCACUUUUUUUAUUACUAAACUAAAAUUCACGCAUUAUUUUAUAAUUGUAUAUGUACAGCCAUGCAUAUAUAUGCACACAUGUAUACAUCGACCACACCACACAUGUAUACAGUGACCCUUCUCCAUUUAAUGGAUCUCAUUGAACUGUUACAUUCUUUCACAUUUCAAACUGCUCGAUGACCAAGUGUUGCUAAACGACGAAACUCGUCAAAUUUAUGCAACCGUCUCGACGACGACACCCACUUGUCAAUCUCAUGCAAACGACUGUCAACGAUGACCACGCUAGUUUAUACACGGCACGCUAAGAACACAGGUUUAUUUAUAUAAUUUAUUGCAUAUAGAGAGAGAAAGAGGAGAGAGUUGUGAUGUACUAUACUCAGAUGGCUCUACAAUUCAUUUCUAAACUCACGCAUAUGGACGAGUUUGGAGUCUCUUACUCUUGACUUUCUUCUUUCAAAUUAGGGUUCUUUGACUGGUUCGCUCAAAUUGCAUUCCAAUCUCAAUAAAUUAACACAGGUCAAGAUUGGAAGCUAUAAAUGGAUAAAUCCGAAUCCAAUUCCUUUAGUAACAGUCCUAUAAGCUGUUGCCUAUUCGAAUUUCAUACAGACACCGUUGAAGACCCUGUUGGAGUAUUCCACAUUUCUUCUUCGGAACCCUCCUUCAAUGUCAGCUGCUUUGCCAGAGGAGUUCGAUGAUUGCGGUGGUCCUGACACCGCCGCCGCCGCCACAACCACCUGUGGUAAUCAGGAGUUUACUAUUACAAUCGUUGAUGCUGGUGGGGUGUCUGCGGAAGCCGAAAUGGGGUUGGUGGUGGGGCAAUUGAGGGUGUUUCUAUGAAGGCUUGUGAUUCAGGGAUUGUAAGCACACAAGGAGAGUUUGGGAGUUGUGAUGGUGUAAAUAAUAGUGAUGUUAACAGGGACAAUUCUUCUUGGAGAUACGGUGUUCAGCCUUUUUCUUUGCCCCAUGGAUAGAGCAAAUUCCGCCUUUUUCUUUGCUGCUCUUGGUUGUCUUCAUCAGACAACAUUUACUGGAGGUUUUUUUGUUGCAAUUUGGAUUGCUUCAGUCUUGUUCAAAUCAAAUGAUAUUUUACGAAAGCAAAUAGCUCUGAAG